GCGGAAACAGCAAGGUCAAAAAAUUCAACUUGGCCUAAAUGGACGAGAUUGAUCUUUGUAUGGGUCGUUUCUCUUAAUUAGUCUUUUACCUCCCAAUCUUGGCAGUAUGGGCCAAUAUUAUUAGUACUUUAUGAAUAAUAUUAUCUGUUCAGGCUAAGUUUUUCGUCAACGUGUGGCUGAUUACUUAUUGAAGGUCGUGUUUGAGGACAAGAAGUUUGAUGUCCUAGCUGCAGAAGUAAAAAAGCCAGGCGCUAAAUUUUCUCAACUAAUAGACGAUGAAGCAAAGCUGGCAAACUUGUUGAAGCUGAUGUUGGGCCACUUGGUGCUGAUAAAAAUUCCUUCACCUGUAGUUUGCGGAUUCCUUGAUGACGGCGAAAACAUUAAAGAGUUUCUCAGCAAGCAAAGAAAUAUUACGAAAAUAAUAAUUGAUAGACUCCCUAUCACAUCUGAAGUAGAAAUUUAUGAAACAGAGGUGUUGCUUUAAGACCAAAACGCGAUAAAGAGGUUCGAUUGCAGAACACGACCGAUCCAAAGAUCCUUAUGAAAAUAUAACAUUACUCAACAAAUUACUUUAUGAAUAACCUCUUGAAUUGAUGCACUCCUUUUGUUUCAUGACAGCAUAAUCUGCAGUUCAUCUUUACUCACGAUAUGAUAAAGCUUGAUGUUUUUAUAACUGUGAAUAAAAAUAACUUUUUUCGAUAGUCAACUAGUCUAACCACAUA